UCGCCGUGGAGUCGUUUGGUAUCCAUCACGUUUUUGUUAUUUCAAUAACGAAAAUAGAAAAAUUCGUAUAAGAAUACAAUAUGCUGAGAGGGUUCAAGUUUCAACAGUUGUUCAAGCGAAAGAACAAAAUGUCAAAAGUAACGUUCAUUUGCAUCGUUGUCCAGCUGUUGAUGGUCUCUUACCUGGCGGACACAGCCCAAAUUUCAACCAUCUCUCCUGUAACUACUACUGCCAACCUCGACUCGACUACUAGUCAGACCGUACUAGAAGUUGGAACGGACACGUCGAUCUUAGUAACAGUAAAGGAAAUAUUAAAACAAUUGAAAAAUGCAUUUUGGGCCAUCAAACGUUUGUCCAGCGAUCCAAAACAAAUAGGUCGGUCGAUUUCAACGGGAAUGUGUUCAUCUGUCGAGAGUACAUAUUCGGGAAUAUUAAGCGCUGCGUUGAAAUUAAUUUUGGAACAGUUGAUUGCUGAGAUGAAGGAAGAAUUGUCCGUUACUCAAAUCGCCGAGUUGCCCAACUACAAAAACACGUUCGACGAACAAAACGAGAUUUCAGAAUUUAAGUUAAAAGGUUUGACACUCAAAGGUUUGGAAAACAUUAUAAUAACACAGUAUAUCAUCGAUUUUUGUGGAUUGGCUUCUACAGUUGAGAUGUAUGUACCGACAUUGGAAAUCACGAGCUCGUACACAUUGAAAGGAAAUGUUAACGGAUCACCAAUAUCCGGUGAUGGUAUACUGAAUGCGAGUAUCACGAUGAUGGGUUUAUUUAUGCAAACAAACAUGGAAUGCAACGCAAUGCUUUUAAGCAAUGAUGUAUGCGAAUUGGCUGUCAAAAAUAAGACGGUGGACUGGUCGGCGGAAAAAAUGAUGGUAAACUUGAGCAAUAUUAAGUAUAAAGAUCUGUCUGAAUCACAAAUCAACAUCGAGCUCAACGAAUUCAUUAGGAAUUAUUUGAAAACCAACAGAGUGUUCUUGAUACAGGCAAUUACAGAUUUUAUUGAUCAAUACAAGAAAAAUUCUAAAACGCAUCAAAGUCCUGCAUUGUUUCUUAAGGAUUUGGAACUUGGCUUGAAACAAAUUCCUAUCGAGAUGGACAAAAAACAGCGGUCCUUGCAAAUGAACAAUGCGAACACAUUGAAUAUGUUCGUCAGCUUAUUCGUGAACCCCGUUUUAUAAUUGUAACGUAGCCAUCGUGCGGCUAACGUAUAUGGUGUACCGUACUUUGUAAUGCUUU